AUGGAUAUGAAAAAUUAUAAUCAGGCCAUGAUUGCCACAUAUUCCCGUCGGACGGCGGUGGAGAGCUCGGCGUACAUGCUGCCUCUUAUCCAGCCGCACAUGCGCAUACUAGAUGUGGGCUGCGGACCAGGUACCAUCACGCUAGAUCUUGCGGCUCUUGUACCGGAAGGGAGCGUGGACGGCAUCGACGCCAGCGACAGCGCCAUCGAGAACGCACAGGCGUUAUGCAAACAGCGUGGGAUCGCGAACGCAACGUUUGUAGUGGGGGAUAUAGCCAAGCUGCCAUUCAAUGAUGAUUCCUUCGACAUCGUUCAUGCGCACCAAGUUCUCAUCCAUUUACCGGGCCAACACGGCGAACCUGGCCCAGUCUGGGGGCUCAAAGAGAUGCGGCGAGUAUGCAAGCCCGGAGGAUUCGUCUGUGCGCGAGAAGCGGAAUGGUCCUCUAUCGUGAUAUACCCGCGUAUACAUGGUGUGAAAGAAAGUCUCGAUGUCCUGUCGAGGCUCGCAGACCAUUCUGGAAAGAUCAUUGCUGGUGGUCGAGGGAGGGAGUUUGCUCGCAGGGCGGGAUUCAGUCCCGAGGCAAUCACGGCUUCUGCUGCUUGUGUCACGUACACGAAUUCGGCUGAUCGUGCCUGGGCGGGACAGAAUAUGGCAUUUAGAUUUGAUGCAGCGGCGGACUUGAGGAAAGGGGUGGAACUCGGGUUCGUGACUGAAGAGGAGGCGACGCGUAUGCCGGCGGCCUGGAGGGAGUGGGCGGAGGCAGAGGACGGCUUCUAUUCGAUGCUUCAUGGUCAGAUUGUGUGCACAAAGUGA